AUUUAUUUAUUUAUUAUUUCUUUAUUUCUUUAUUUAUUUUUGAGACAGAGUCUCACUCUGUCGCAGGCUGGAGUGCCGUGAUGCCAUCUCAGCUCACUGCAACCUCCGUCUCUCGGGUUCAAGUGAUUCUCCUGCCUCAGCCUUACAAGUAGCUGGGACUACAGACGCGCGCUACCACACCGAGCUAAUUUUUGUAUUUUUAGUAGAGAUGGGGUUUCACCAUGUUGGCCAGGCUGGUCUCGAACUCCAGACCUCAGGUAAUCCGCCCUCCUUGGCCUCCCAAAGUGCUGGUUACAGGCAUGAGCCACUGCGCCCGGCUAGAUGUACUAUUACUUAUAAAUCCCUGACUGAUGGACAUUUAGGUUGUUCCUCAUUUUUUUGCUAAUGUAAAAUAAUACUGCAAACUGGUAACUUCAAUUAUACUGGUAAUAUUCUUGUUCUGAGUUCAGGUGGUAAGUUCAUGGAUGUUCAUUUUAUUAUGCCUCAUAGUUUAAUAAAAUGAACAUAUGUAUAAUAUACAUAUAGCAUAUUCCUUGCACAUAACGAAAUUAGUUAAUAAAAAAAAUUGCUGCAAUAAAAAUUCUUGUGCACACAUUGCUGAGCAUUUUUCUUAAAAUAAAUUCCCAGAAGUGGAAUUGCUGGAUCAAAGAGAAUACAUAUUUAAAAUUCUGAUACUUACGGUCAGAAUGCCUUCUAGAAAGUUAUACUAAUUUUAUAAUCCCCACAACAAGGUAUGGUUAAUACUGGCAUUACUAAAUCUCAACAAUCUUUGCUGCUAUGACAUGUGAAAAUUCAAAUUAUUACUAGGCAAAAAGAAUUUUUAAAAUAAUUCUUCAAAGCAAAACUGCUUACCUUUUUAACCCACACUACGAUGGGGCCAGAUUCGUCUUAAUAAACAAUUCUGAUCAUGUCACCUACCUACCCCAUAACUUUCAAUGACUUUUAACCUCAUGGUUAAAGUAAGAGCUCUGGAAUCAAACUGCCUGGGUAUGACAAAUCGCCAUUUUUUUUUUUUUAAAGUUCAGACCCUCAUCAAAAAUACGAACAUCAACAAACAAGUAUCAUUGAUUAGUUUGUCCAACUUAGGAAAAAAAAAAUGAUACCAUUACAUAAGAUUUCAAAGUGUUAACUUGGGUUGAAUUAAGUUUAUCAGAAAGGUACCCUGGCUGGGUGCAGUAGUGCACCUGUAGUCCCAGCUACUUGAGAGGCUGUGGUGGGAGGAUUGCUCGAGUCCAGGAGUUGGAAUCCAGCGCAGGCAACAUAGCGAGGUCCCAUCUUUAAAGGAAACUGCAUACUGACAUUUUCUUCAGUUCACUUUCUAAUAAUUGUCAGAUCAAAAGUGAAAGCAACGCUGUAUCUUCAUGCUGAAAAAUGAUUGCUGUUCCUACUUGGCGAAAAUGUUACUCAGUGACUAAAUAACUUUUGUGAUGUACAACAAUCUCCCAUUGAUGUAAAUAAAACAUCUAAAAUAACCAAAUAACCAGGGUUAGAACCGUUCCAAGACUAUUUAUAUAGAACAAGGACUUGCAAUAAAAACAAAACAAAAAUAAAAACGACCUACACAAUGAAAGCCAGAUAUUAUACAUUAAAAAUGUAGUAGAAGUAUUUUUUGGUGAGCAGCAAGGCAUAUUCAAUCAAUAUUUAGGCAUAAAAUGUGCCAUUCCAAGCAUGGACCAUGAUCUAGUUUCUUGCAGUAGCAGCCAAUUGGACUAACACAAUGCUACUUCUUUUACUGUUCAAUCAAAUUCCUCCACUGCCUUAGGGAAUCAACUACCCCAUUUUACCGUCAGAGAUAAGCUUUGUUUUCGUAGCACAGAACAUUCAUUCCAAUUAUAAUGUCCUACCUUUUCUUCCUCAUGGAGGAAAUUUGAUAAAAAAUUUUAACCUUCAAUAAAUAAUUCAUAAAGUUCAAACAAGUUUCAUGAUCGCUAACAUUCAAAUCCAUUUCCAAAACUGGAGUUAUACAAUAUUACUUCUGUGCAUGAGAUUAUACUUACUGUUCACUAGAUUUAUGAAUAACUUCUGGAGGAUGAUACAUGUUUUAAAAGCCGUAUUAACAUAUGAGUUGACAAACAUUAAAUUUUGUUCCCUUAGAAAUUGACAGAGAAGUCAGAAUGGGGAUAAAUCAAGUCAUCUGAGAGGCAUUCAUUGAGCUACAAGCUAUUUCAGGUUAUAAAAAACACUGUUCCCUUAAUUGUCGUUCCUUGAUUUGCUGUAUUUAUAUACACACUCCUACUCCAUAAAGACCUCUCCAUCUCUCCCACCUCUUCCAACUACGAACAGUAACCUAAAAUCACACUGAACUAGACGUAAGAGACUCCCAGGAUUUCUCUAAGGUAUACCCAGGAUCAAGGCCCUCUGGGAUCCAAAGAACUGUAGCUCUUUUACUGCAAUUUUCCUUCAGAACCACCUUUCCCGUUCCUUCCCUCCUGGACACCGCCGACUCGCGUGUUGGGGGUGGGGUGGGAGACAGGUCGCCAGAAAGACAGGCUCUACCCAGCCAGACCUGCACCUCCGAGGCCGAAAAGCCUGGGGCUCUUCCUGCAGCACCGGGCGCGGCCAACCCUCGCUUCCCCAGGGCAGGGCUCAGCUCGGGUCAAUGCAACCAGCCAAGUCAGGCCCGGAGCGGGCCGGCUCUGCCCGCCAGUCCAAACCUCUGGACCCUCGCCAGCGGGGAUGGGCGUGGGCCCCGGCGGCCACCGCCCCGCCAACUCGAGCACUGGAGGAACGCACCCGCUACGCCAGCCCCGGACCUACCUGGAGGGGAGAGCAGAGCUCCUGGACAGCGGCCACGGGCCUGAGGGCGGACGCUGAGGCGGCCAGAGUCCGUCCCAGCAACCCCAAGUAUCCCUGGUGGGGCAGAGCGGGGAGACGAACGAGGGGGCUGCCGCGGGCCAGCGCGGCCCGUCCCGGGGGUCGCGAGGACCUGGCUCUCCCCUUAACACCAGGCCACCGCCGCCGCCGCCAUUUUGCCUUCCACUCAGUGUCGCCGCCGCCGCACUCCGCUGCAGGUUUCCCGGAUGUGGGCAUUUCCCGGCGUCGCUUGCGCGGGGGCCGAGGACUGGGGGCUUUUGCCAGCCCGGCUGCUGCGAGGGAGCGCGCAGCCUGCGGCCUCCGGGCUUCGUUGCGUCGCCCGCAGCUCUGAUCGUUCGUGAGCGUCGCCCCACGUCGCUCCCGCCUGCCCCUGCCCAUAAGACUCGCCCGCGCCCGUGGGUUAAGGCUGUCUCCCGCCCAGCCUACUUGGUUGAUUCAGUCCUUUUUCCCAUUGAUCUAUUUCUCUGGACCGAGUAGGGAUGUGCAUUUCACGGAGCUACGUUCUCAGAAGGGAACAACUGUGAGUUGCUCUGGGAAACCUCCCUGUGGACCUCAGAAUUCGAGAUUUUUGGCGCUUUGAAAUAAAAUUUUAUUCUUGCUUAGCGUUCUUUCCCCGAACAAGCCGGUGAGCUUCCAGCAUCUGUAUUUUCUGAAUCCGGCAGAUAAGAAAUGCUUGAGCCAGGACCGAUUGAUUAGCAGCGGUUUAGAGAUCUUAUCUGUCAACCGCAUCCAUAGAAGGAGGUCGUUAUUGCCAUAAUUGGAAUAACGGUGACGGUGUGACAAGAGGUUUUACUUCUGGUUAAGCUGAAUGUAAAGUGUGGGAUGGGAUCGUUGGGUUUGAUGUAUAAGGUACCGUCCACCCUUUGUGAAGAUCGCCUUUGGCAGUUUUUCCUCUAGGAAAUAUACAGUUGGUGUUUUCAAGUACCUUUCGUAAUGUUUCUACUACAGAGUAUAAAAAAAUUAAAGACAUCUUUUUCUGACGUUAAA